GCCCGCGAUCAUGUGAUUGAGUCAAGAUGGCGUCACCCAGAUUCUUGAGGCUCUUGGCUGCCGUUCUCCUGCCCGUGUCCAGCGCUGCCUGGACGCUGGGACAUCUUGAGCCGCCAGCGCCACUUCCGCUGGUGAUCUGGCAUGGGAUGGGAGACAGCUGUUGUAAUCCCUUAAGCAUGGGUGCUAUUAAAAAAUUGGUUGAGAAGAAAAUACCUGGAAUUUAUGUCUUAUCUUUGGAGAUUGGGAAGACCCUGACAGAGGAUGUGGAAAACAGCUUCUUCUUGAAUGUCAAUUCCCAAGUAACGACAGUAUGUGAGAACCUCGCUAAGGAUCCUAAAUUGCAGCAAGGCUACAACGCUAUGGGAUUCUCCCAGGGAGGCCAAUUUCUGAGGGCAGUGGCCCAGAGAUGCCCAUCACCUCCCAUGAUCAAUCUCAUCUCAGUAGGGGGACAACAUCAAGGUGUUUUUGGACUUCCACGAUGCCCAGGAGAGAGCUCUCAUAUCUGUGACUUGAUCAGGAAAACACUGAAUGUUGGCGCUUACUCCAAAGCUGUUCAAGAACGCCUGGUGCAAGCGGAAUACUGGCACGAUCCCAUAAAGGAGGAUGUGUACCGCAACUAUAGCAUCUUCUUGGCAGAUAUAAAUCAGGAGAGAGGUAUCAACGAGACCUACAAGAAAAACUUGAUGGCCCUGAAGAAGUUUGUGAUGGUGAAAUUCCUCAAUGAUUCCAUUGUGGAUCCUGUGGAUUCAGAGUGGUUUGGAUUUUACAGAAGUGGCCAAGCCAAGGAAACUGUCCCUCUACAGGAGACUGCUCUGUACACACAGGAUCGCCUGGGACUAAAAGAAAUGGACAAGGCAGGGAAGCUAGUCUUCCUGGCUACAGAAGGGGAUCAUCUUCAACUGUCUGAAGAAUGGCUUGAUGCCCACAUCAUCCCCUUCCUUGAGUAAAACCUUUGCAGUUUGCACCAGUGCUCAGGGAGCCCCUAGCACUUCUAAACCACAUGGGAAAGAGUUCCCUUCAUGCCCAAGCCUGAGCUCAGAUCCACCUUGCAACUAAUCCUUCUCUCCUGUCAUUGUCUAACAUGCCCUGCUCAGAAAGAUCUAAUAUCUGAAUCUUAUCCUUCACCUCCAUCCUUAUCACCAUAUGGUGUUGAAUGCAAGUUUAAAUAGUUAAUAACUAUGGAGAUUGUUUUACAACCCUUUGAUGUGGUCAAGCUGUCUCAGGAAGGCAGUCUGUUUCAGAUCAGUGCCAGAACUAUGCCCAAGCCAAGAGGAGACUGAAAAACUAAAGAAUUGAGCUAGAUGGAUCCUUAGAGCAAAUAGCUGCUCUGGGGGCCUCAGGAAAGUCUGGCCACAACUCAACCAAAAGAAAACGCCAGUACCUAGGCCUGAGUUACUUAAAUGCUUUCUCAAUUUUGCUGGUAGAGAUUUAACCAUUGCUUGGAAAAGUACUAAUUGGAUAAUGUUUCUGUGUAAUUUCCUAAAGCUACCCUCCUCUCCUUGAAUAUGUUGCCUUUUGUGGUGUCUUAGCAAUUAUUAGACAAAUUUCACUUGCCCACUAUCUUACUUCUAUAGCACUUAUUUUGACUGGUCAGGAAGUAAUGAAUUAGCUCGCUGGCACAAAAGGAGAGAAGCUGUACCCAGUUGGGUUGUUUAAGGGGGAAAUGUACAUCUUCCUUAGCUUGGACAGUGAGGUGAAGAAAAAUGAGGGAGUGAAAGUGAGAAGUGAGGAGAUAGUUGGUUCUUUCCCUGUCAUCCUUAACUAACCUGUCCUUGGUUUCUUACUUGACUAGUGGGCUGGAUUCUAGUGUCACUUUAUUACUGGCUACAGCAAGAGAAUGGGAGGGAAAAUGUGAACAGGCUUUCUAACUUCAGUCUUCCCCCAAAAUCACAUUUACUAGCAUACUCUUAUUUCAGAUAUGAUUCAUGAAUAAAGGAUUGUUUGCACAGAAAGCUUGGGAAAUGCUACAUACUCCCCUUCUCCUCUUAGAGACCAACCCACAUUAGAAUAUUGAGAACUCUGAGAAUUCAUGUUACCGUAUAGAAAACUAACCUUAAUCAACCAUUUCCUACACCAUCGGAGCAUGGAUAUCUCAGAGUACUCCCUCCAUCUUCACCCCCAUCAACAGUUUUUGGAAGACUGUUCUGUAAAAUGCCAGUUUGGGAAAAAUAAUUAGCUAUGCUUUGAACCCUGUUAGUAUUGUGACGUUUACCCUUUAUAAUUUUUCAUUUUCCUCUCUCAAGCCACAUUCUUCAACUAAAAGAUGAGGAUUAAGGGCAAGAGGUGGGGGGAUAUGAAAAGUUUAAUUUUAUUGGGUUGUCUAAAAUAAAGAGUAGUUUCUUAUCCUUGAA